ACCAUAAGUGCGCACCAGUCCAAAUUCACACUGAAACCAAACCGAGAAAUUACAUAGACUAAAAAAUCAACACAACCCGACUUUUUCCGAUCCAGUCCAGUUUCGACCUCUCACCUAAACAUUGCACAAACAAUUGACCUUUCUCUUAAAGUUGCUUCCAUUUUUUAGGUCACUUUUUUGAACCCCCUUUUUCACGAGUCUCACUCUCACCUACCCAAAAACAGCAAAAUUCACCCCAUCUCACCUAAAACCUCCUCCAUUUCCAACUCCUUCAAAAGCUGCUUCACCUGCCCCUCUCUCUCUCUCUCGCUCGCUCUUCUCGACACCCCUCUAAUGGAUUCUGCCUUAGCUAUAUCAUCUUCUUUCCUUCCUUUUCCCAAAUCAAAUCGCAAUCUUCUUCUUCCAACAACCCCAUUUUCUCUCUCCUCAAAAACCCCACAAAAACCCUCUUCCAAACUCUCCAUUACUGCUAAUUUUUCCUCUAAUCAUAGCCUUAAUCCCUCAAAUGGGUCCCCAAAAGAAACCCCAUUUGCCCGAACUCUUUCCACCGCUGCUAAGACGGUGGUUUUGACGGUGGCAGCCACUUUAAUGGCCUCCAAAUUGAAGGAAAUGCCGGCGAAGGCGGAACCACCGACGCCAAUUGUUGAAGAAUCGACAGUUGAGGAACAGAAAGCUGUUAAUUUGAGUGAAAUUGGAAGUGGGGUUGAAGAAAAUUCACCAUUAUCUCAUUUAUUGGAAACAAAUUCUGAAUUUGUGGAUAAUUUGUGGAGUUUGUUGCAGAAGAAACUUGAAAUUGGGGAAGAUGAAGAGGCAUUGAAGAUUCUGGGUAAAUUGGUUGAAGCUCAACCUUAUGAAACGGAGUGGAAAUUUCUAAGAGCAAGAUUAUUGAGUGAAAUGGGGAAAACCCAGGAAGCUAGAGAUGAAUUUGAAGAUAUCUUAGCAUUGAAUCCUCUCUCAUUUGAGGCAUUGUUUGAGAAUGCUUUGCUUAUGGACCGUUGCGGCGAAAGGGAUACCGUGAUUGCUAGGUUAGAGAAGGCUUUAAGCAUUGCUAUGGAUGAGAGUAAGGCUAAGGAAGCUAGGGAUGUGAGGUUGAUCAUUGCUCAAAUUCAAUUCUUGCAGAAGAAUGUGGAUGAAGCAUUGAAAAGUUAUGAUGAAUUGAUUAAGGAGGAUUCUAAAGAUUUUAGGCCUUAUUUCUGUAAAGGGAUGAUUUAUAGCUUGCUUGAUCGAAACACCGAGGCUCGAGAACAGUUUGCUAAGUAUAGAGAGCUUUCACCUAAGAAGUAUGAAGUUGAAGGGUACUUGAGGUCUCCGCUUUCGAGGAUGAAGCUCUUUGGGACUGAUUCGCAGAGUUGAAUUCGUGACCGGUCGGUUUUGGGUUGUGUUGAGGCUUUUGUUUGUAGGAAUAAGCAAUAAGAGAGUUUUAUGGGAUGGAAGAAGCAAUGUGGUUGCUUCUAGAAGGGAUGCUUUAUAUAUCUUUCUGGUCUGAUCAAGGAUGCUAAAGGUGAAUAAACUUUCCAAUUAGCUGAGAUUUGCUAUCUCCUUGGAUGCUGUUUGUAGCCUUGGGUGUAUCAUGUUCGAAGUACACUGUAUAAUAGACACUAUAUAAGAAGUAUGCAAGGCAAAUGGGCUGUUAAGUUUGGAUUGAUUUUAAUGAUAAGCUAUUCAGUUUGUUUUCUGGUCGGAUUACAUUCAAGAGUUUGCGAUAUACUAAUCACAUGAGUUUAUAUU